UUAAAGGGCCUCCCGGUGAAAGCAGAAAGCUGUUUAUUUUCUGUGACAUCACUUCGCUUUGCCUUCGAAGGCUGGUCUGUGCUCAGUGUUUUCCUGGUGAUGCAAGUCGGCUCUCUCCUCCAGCAGUUGGAUCCCUCCCAUCUCACAGUACCUCACAGGUCUCUUCCCCCGAGCAGUGCAUUGCUGGAGCGAGGAGAAGCUCACGAAUCAGCUGCAGGUCCCUGUUUUGAAAAAGCAGAGAUACAGAGGCAGAGGAAAAAGGGUGGACUCCUAUGUGACCUGUUCCUAGAGCCAGACAAUCACCAUCUGAAUUCCAGAAGCCCUGUUCAUGGUUGGGGAUAUUUUCUCGACUGCAUGGAAUCAGAAAGAAGCAAAAGGAUGGGAAAUGCCUGCAUUCCCCUGAAAAGAAUUGCUUAUUUCCUAUGUCUCUUAUCUGCGCUUUUGCUGACUGAGGGGAAGAAACCAGCGAAGCCAAAAUGCCCUGCCGUGUGUACUUGUACCAAAGAUAAUGCUUUAUGUGAGAAUGCCAGAUCCAUUCCACGCACCGUUCCUCCUGAUGUUACCUCAUUAUCCUUUGUGAGAUCUGGUUUUACUGAAAUCUCAGAAGGGAGUUUUUUAUUCACACCAUCGCUGCAGCUCUUGUUAUUCACAUCGAACUCCUUUGAUGUGAUCAGUGAUGAUGCUUUUAUUGGUCUUCCACAUCUAGAGUAUUUAUUCAUAGAAAACAACAACAUCAAGUCAAUUUCAAGACAUACUUUCCGGGGACUAAAGUCAUUAAUUCACCUGAGCCUUGCAAACAACAAUCUCCAGACACUCCCAAAAGAUAUUUUCAAAGGCCUGGAUUCUUUAACAAAUGUGGACCUGAGGGGGAAUUCAUUUAAUUGUGACUGUAAACUGAAAUGGCUGGUGGAAUGGCUUGGCCACACCAAUGCAACUGUUGAAGACAUCUACUGUGAAGGCCCCCCAGAAUACAAGAAGCGCAAAAUCAAUAGUCUCUCCUCCAAGGACUUCGAUUGCAUCAUUACAGAAUUUGCAAAAUCUCAAGACCUGCCUUAUCAAUCAUUGUCCAUAGAUACUUUUUCUUAUUUGAACGAUGAGUAUGUAGUCAUCGCUCAGCCUUUUACUGGAAAAUGCAUCUUCCUUGAAUGGGACCAUGUGGAAAAGACCUUCCGGAAUUAUGAUAACAUUACAGGCACAUCCACUGUAGUAUGCAAGCCUAUAGUCAUUGAAACUCAGCUCUAUGUUAUCGUGGCCCAGCUGUUUGGUGGCUCUCACAUCUAUAAGCGAGACAGUUUUGCAAAUAAAUUCAUUAAAAUCCAGGAUAUUGAAAUUCUCAAAAUCCGAAAACCCAAUGACAUUGAAACAUUCAAGAUUGAAAACAACUGGUACUUUGUUGUGGCUGACAGUUCAAAAGCUGGUUUUACUACCAUUUACAAAUGGAAUGGAAACGGAUUCUACUCCCAUCAAUCCUUACACGCGUGGUACAGGGACACUGAUGUGGAAUAUCUGGAAAUAGUCAGAACACCUCAGACACUCAGAACGCCUCAUUUAAUUCUGUCUAGUAGUUCCCAGCGUCCUGUAAUUUAUCAGUGGAACAAAGCAACACAAUUAUUCACUAACCAAACUGACAUUCCUAACAUGGAGGAUGUGUACGCAGUGAAGCACUUCUCAGUGAAAGGGGACGUGUACAUUUGCUUGACAAGAUUCAUUGGUGAUUCCAAAGUCAUGAAAUGGGGAGGCUCCUCAUUCCAGGAUAUUCAGAGGAUACCGUCGCGAGGAUCCAUGGUGUUCCAGCCUCUUCAGAUAAAUAAUUACCAAUAUGCAAUUCUUGGAAGUGAUUACUCCUUUACUCAAGUGUUUAACUGGGAUUCAGAGAAAGCCACAUUUGUGAAAUUUCAGGAACUAAAUGUUCAGGCACCAAGAUCAUUCACGCAUGUGUCCAUUAAUAAGCGUAAUUUUCUUUUUGCUUCCAGUUUUAAGGGAAAUACACAGAUUUACAAACAUGUCAUAGUUGACUUAAGCGCAUGAGACACCAAAUUCUGUGGCUGCCAUCAGAAACUUUCUACAGUACAUGACCCGGAUGAACUCAAUGCAUGAUGACUCUUCUUAUCACACUUGCAAAUGAAUGCCUUUCAAACAUUGAGACUGCUAGAACCAAGCACUACCAGUAUCUCCAUCCUUAACUGUCCAGUCCAGUGAUGUGGGAAGUUACCUUUUAUAAGACAAAAUUUAAUUGUGUAACUGUUCUUUGCAGUGAAGAUGUGUAAAUAAGCGUUUAAUGGUAUCUGUUACUCCAAAAAGAAAUAUUAAUAUGUACUUUUCCAUUUAUUUAUUCAUGUGUUCAGAAACAACUGCCAAAUAAAAUGUUUACAUUUUCUUUCAUAUCCCAAAGGUAAUUAUUUACAGGAGUUGUUUUAUUCUUCUUGAUGGUAUGUUGAAGAAAUAGUUUUAUAUAAUAGCAGUGUAUUUGGUCAAGGAUUUACGGUAUGAAGAAUGAGUGAAGAUAAAAUUAUGGGUAAUCUGAUAUUCAUUAUCCAUAAUUUAUGACUAGGUUUAUCUGUGGCUGAUUUUGAACACUCAAAGGUAUUUUCAAAGGUCAUGGCCUUUAGGAACAAUUUGAGGUGAAAAGGUGACAAAUUAAAAGAAAGGUGGAGAAAUUUGCCUACUGCAGGAAGACUGGUUUGAAAUUAAGGAUAGGAAGACCCAGCCUUUCCUGACUGAUAGCCCCAGCUAAAAUCAUCACUCAGACAACUUCUAGGAGAAAGUAAAAUCAAGAAUUAGGAUUUCAAAACUCUAUUCAGUGUCUUUCUAAACAUCUGACAGCUGAUAGAGAUUGUAACCUUAUAGCAUUUGCCUCAAAUGCACCUGUCAUGAAGCCCUCUUAAUCUGAUUAAGGAUGUUUCGCUUCUAGAUACCAAUUUUAAUUUGUUAUUUACCUGCUGUAGAGUGCCCAAAAGGCUCAUAUUUGAUUUUCUAAAUUUCUGCUUCUAGAUCACAUGGGUCAUUAGCACAAUGCCUGUGAUAUAGCAGACUCUCCAAAAAUGCUUUUAAAGAAGCAUGUGUCCUCCUGUUAUAAUAUCAUAAUAAACUUUCUGAGGCCUUUUGACCUAA